CAGAGAGAUUAUGUGGCUAUAAAAGCCAGUGUAGGACGGGCCUGAACCAGCACAGCUCCAUCAAGGUACCCCCUCCACAGAUACCGCUACUAGCUGAAACUCUGCAGAAUGGGCCGGAUAAUUUUCUACGAGGACAAGAACUUCACGGGCCAACGGUACGAGUGUGACAGCAACUGCUCGGACUUCCAUGCCUACCUGAAACGGUGUAACUCCAUCCGUGUGGAGAGCGGGGCUUGGGUGGUGUACGAGAGGCCUAACUUCAUGGGCUACCAGUAUGUUCUGACCCGGGGCGAGUAUCCGGAUUACCAACGCUGGAUGGGUCUCAAUGAUCGCCUUUGCUCCUGCAAGAUGAUCCACUUUGUCACCAAAUCUGAGUAUAAAAUCCAGCUCUAUGACAAGGGAGAUUUCGCCGGCCAGGUGUACGAGACAACCGAGGACUGUCCAUCCUUGAUGGACCGCUUCCGUACACGCGAGGUCCACUCUUGUAAGGUGCUGGAUGGGAUCUGGAUCUUCUAUGAGCACCCAAACUACAGGGGCCGCCAGUACCUACUGGAGAAGGGGGACUAUCGUAAACCCGUGGACUGGGGUGCAGUCUGUCCCACGGUCCAGUCCUUCAAACGCCUGAUGGAGUGACAUUAUCUAAAUCAUCCAUCUUAAGUUCUCCUUUACCUACAAACCACGCAACCAGGACAUCAACCUGUGCUAAAUCAAUAAACGUGUGGUAGCAAAUAUUGCUUGUUUACA